UGCGGCGAUGAAGCCGAUGCAGCGAUUGCUGCAGCUGCCGGUGGCUGCGGUGGGGCUGCUGAAGCCGCUGGGCCGGGAGGAUCGCAGCCCGGUGCUGGGUCCUGAGGCCAGCCCGCAGACCUGGUACAACGCCGUCCAGCCCGACGAGCUGCGGCUCCUGCGGACAUCGCCCGAGCCAGAACGGCGGGGAGAGGAGACGGCAGACGAGUGGCCCACCACACCCGCACGGCACGAUGAUCUGAAGGAGAUGCUGGAUAGCAACAAGGACUCGCUGAAGCUGGAGGCCAUGAAGAGGAUUGUGGCGAUGAUCGCCAGAGGGAAGAAUGCGUCGGAGCUCUUCCCCUCAGUGGUGAAGAACGUGGCCUGCAAAAACAUUGAGGUGAAGAAGCUGGUUUACGUUUACCUGGUUCGAUACGCAGAAGAACAGCAGGACCUCGCCCUUCUCUCCAUCAGCACCUUCCAGAGAGGAUUAAAGGACCCGAACCAGCUGAUCCGAGCGGGAGCCCUGCGUGUUCUCUCCAGCAUCCGAGUCACCAUCAUCGUCCCCAUCAUGAUGCUGGCCAUCAAGGAAGCUGCUUCAGAUAUGUCCCCCUAUGUCAGGAAGACAGCUGCCCACGCCAUCCCCAAACUGUACAGUCUGGAUCUGGAUCAGAAGGACCAGCUGAUUGAGGUGAUUGAGAAGCUGCUGGCGGACAAGACAACGCUGGUGGCAGGCAGCGUGGUGAUGGCUUUCGAGGAGGUGUGUCCCGAGCGCAUCGACCUGAUCCACAAGAACUACCGGAAGCUGUGCAACCUGCUCAUCGACGUGGAGGAGUGGGGCCAAGUAGUCAUCAUCGACAUGCUCACCCGAGACCCACGCACGCAGGUCCUCAACCCCAACCACAACGAGAUCUUGCUGGAAGAAAACCCGGAGAAAGGAUUUUACGGCACGGAUGAGGAAGACUCCAAGCAGGAGGAAGCAGAUGCAGUCGUGCUUCCCAAACGGAAGCCCUACGUGAUGGACCCCGACCACCGGCUGCUCCUUCGGAACACCAAGCCCCUCCUCCAGAGCCGGAACGCCGCGGUGGUGAUGGCCGUGGCCCAGCUCUACUUCCACUUGGCUCCCAAGGCGGAGGUGGGCGUCAUCGCCAAGGCCCUGGUCCGCCUGCUCCGCAGCCACAGCGAGGUGCAGUUUGUGGUCCUGCAGAACGUCGCCUCCAUGUCCAUCAAACGCCGGGGAAUGUUUGAGCCUCACCUGAAGAGUUUUUACAUCAGGUCCACGGACCCCACACAGAUUAAGGUGCUGAAGCUGGAAGUCUUGACCAACCUAGCCAGCGAGACUAACAUCUCCACCAUUCUCCGGGAGUUCCAGACCUACAUCAAGAGUCAGGACAAGGACUUUGUGGCCGCAACCAUUCAGGCCAUUGGCCGCUGUGCCACCAACAUCGACGAGGUCCGUGACACUUGUCUGAGCGGGCUGGUCCAACUGCUCUCCAACAGAGACGAGCUGGUGGUGGCCGAGUCGGUCGUGGUCAUUAAGAAACUGCUGCAGAUGCAGCCGGCCCAGCACAGCGACAUCAUCAGGCACAUGGCCAAACUCAUCGACAACAUCAUGGUUCCAAUGGCGAGGGCCAGCAUCCUCUGGCUGAUCGGAGAGUACUGCGAGCACGUGCCCAAGAUUGCUCCUGAUGUCCUGCGGAAAAUGGCCAAGUCCUUCACCAGCGAGGAGGACAUCGUGAAGUUGCAGAUCAUCAACCUGGCGGCCAAGCUCUACCUCACCAACUCCAGACAGACCAAGCUGCUGACCCAGUACGUCCUGAACCUGGCCAAGUACGACCAGAACUACGACAUCCGCGACCGCGCCCGCUUCAUCCGCCAGCUCAUCGUCCCCACGGAGAAGAGUGGCGUGCUGAACAAGUACGCCAAGAAGUUGUUCCUCGCCCAGAAACCGCCCCCCGUGCUCGAGUCUUCCUUCAAAGAUCGAGACCACUUCCAGCUGGGCUCACUGUCCCACCUGCUCAACAGCAAGGCCAGUGGAUACCAGGAGCUCCCGGACUGGCCUGAAGCAGCCCCUGAUCCAUCCGUCCGCAACGUUGAGAACGACGUGUCCUCGGAGACGGACGUGCGAAUCGGAUUGCUGGGAGACUGGAAAGAGGUCCCAGAAUGGACCAAGCCCAGCAGCAGAGAGAAGAGGAAGGAGAAAGUGGAGAAACCAUUCUACUCCGAGUCGGAGGGAGAGUCCGAGCCCACUGAGUCAGCGGACAGUGAGUCCCCCACCACCAGCGAGUCGGAGGAGAGCGCGGGCGGAAUGGAAAGCGAGAGUGCCUCGGAGAGCGAGGAGGAAGAGAGCGAAGAGGAGGAGGGCAAGUCAGACCGGCAGAAAAAGAAGAAGAAAGGGCAGAAGGAGAAGAGCAAGCACGGAGAUGAGAGCGAGGACAGCGGGCAGAGUGAAGGCGGAGACAAGGAGAAGAAGCGGAACGAGGAGGAGUCGAGCUCUUCGUCACCUUCCUCCUCCGAGGAGAGUUCAUCGGAAAACAGCUCCUCCGAGUCGGAGCCGGAGGAGAACUCGGACUCGGACCCUGGGAAAAAGCACAAGAGGAAGUCUGUGGCCAAGUUACCCUCUGGAUCGCUCAAAGCUAAAAAGAAGGAAAUCUCCCUCCUUGACCUCGAUGAUUUCAGCGGCCCGUCAGUCCCUACAACCACUCCAUCACCCAACACAUUCUCCAAGAGUCUCAACCUGGAUCUGCAGGGACUAACGUUGUCCAACUCCAACCUGCCUUCUGAGAUGUCGAGUCCGUCGCUGGGCCGCGUGAAGACCUACGAGCUGCUGCAUCGCCUGACGGGCGAGGGGCUGGCGGUGCGCUACCACUUCAACCGGCGCCCCUUCAGCCCCGACCAAGCCAUGGUCUCCGUGCAGAUGCAGUUCACCAACAACUCCGACAUGGACAUCCGCCACCUCCACGUCAACGAGCCCAAGCUGCACUCCGGGAUGAGGAUGCAGGGAUUCAAGGAGAUCGACGUCCUGCAGCCCGGUGACGUUGCCUCGGAGGCCAUGGGCAUUGACUUCUGCGAUUCCACACAGGCAGCCAACUUCCAGCUGUGCUCACAGACCCGGCAGUUCUACAUGUCCAUCCAGCCGCCGGUGGGGGAGCUGAUGAUGCCCAUCUUCAUGACCGAGAACUCCUUCAAGAAGGAGCAAGAACAGCUGUUAAACACCAGCACCGGGAAACUGAUGGGGAUGAAUGAAAUCAAUGAGAAGCUGACCCUCACGGAGCAAUGCCGGAGUGACCAGGCCGUUGUCCAGCGGGUGCUGUCGACAGCUAACCUCGGGCGGGUGCCCUGUGGCCAGAGCGACGAGUACAGGUUUGCCGCUCGGACCGUGAGCGGUGGUGCUCUGGUCCUCAUCACCCUGGUGACCAAGGACAACGGCGCUGCCCAGCUGACCGUCAACUGUGAGAAGAUGGUGAUCGGCACGAUGAUGGCCAAGGAGAUUGUGGAGACACUGACCCAGUGACGCGGGCCCUCGGUGAGAUGGUCGCCCACCCGCCCGCUCACUCCCCCUUGUCAAACCACCAACGGCAGGAGAAACAGGUGACCCAGUGGCCCAGGGCCAGCCAACUCCACCAGCACCCCUUCCAAAACACACGCAGGGGUCCCUGAAUAACUCGGUGAAGAGAUAUCCACAUGGUUCACCCCGCUGAAAGACAAGUCGCCAAUCCUUACGUCCUGCACCCUCUCAACUGAGAAACUGCCCCUUUAUUUAAUGCUGGUCUGUCUCUCCCCUUAACCCCCCUGCACCACUCUCCCCAUCACAGAUCCAACUUGCAAUGGAAUCACGGUUAAUUCUUCAUUUUAAUCAUGUGUAUUUAAUUAAUUUGAUGUUCCCUCCCUGGAUCCUCCUCUUUUCUCAGAGAUUGAUGUUUCCGCAAAGCUUUUGGUAGCUGUCCUUCUUGGGGUGAGUCUAGCUAAUAUAGUACUGAUUGUAACUAUGAACUCAUUGUUCUCCGGGACUGGUCUGCCUGGAGCUGUGGGAUACUUGGUCUCCAGAACUUCCGUCUGUAGCUUUGGGAUUACUUUGGCCUCCUAGACUGGUCUGCCGGUAGUUUUGGAAAACCUGGCUCUCCAGAAUUGAUUUACCUGUAGCUUUAAGGUAACUGGUCUUCAAGACCUCUUCUGACCUAUGAAACUUGGCCUCGAGAUUGGGUCCGCCCAGAGAUGCGAGGUGCUCGUUCACUGGAACUGGUCUGCCCGUACCUUUCAGAUACUUGUUUCCUGGGACAGGUCUGUCUGAACCUUUGAGAUACAGGUCCACCACCAAUUUUCCACCAACUGAUGGGCCAGUGACUCCUAUAAUCACGAGAGCGCUCUUGAACUCCCCCCGCCCCCCUGGAAGUUCCCCUUGAAAAUGUGGCGCCUAUGCUGGCUGAGGAGGACUUGCCGCCUGCCUUCGAGGCUCUGGAGCCGGCAGAUCCAUUCCCUUGGCCGAUUUACAAGGCUGACUUUGUGGGCCGGAAUCUCCCUCCCUCAGCAGCAUAGGCGGACCGUUCCAGUACCGCUGGACUCCGCUCAGUGGCCGUGACCGCUGUUGGUCUGGCCAAACGGAUAAUCCAGAGGUGUUCUGGAAGCAUGGGUGCUGGAAUAUCGGGGGGUGGAUCUGAACUUGGUGUCCAGGGUGGGUAUGGGUCUGCCUGUACCGCUGAGCUACUUGUUCUUUGGGCAUGGCCUCCCCGUAGCUUUGACAUACUUGGUCUCCAGGGCAGGGCAGCGAUUAGGAGUGCAUUUGCUUGGAAAUUGCCAAUUCACCCAUGAGUGAUAGGGUGCCCCCGCCAUUUCUAUCAAACUGUACCAUCCACAAAGAACUCAAGAGGCAGAAUCACUCAAACCUUUGUCACAGCAACCCAAGUUUAUCACACAGAAUGACAAGAAUCAACAUUUAAUUUUCCGUUUAAUAAGUCAAUCUCCACCUUAAAAACACCAAAUGGAGACUAUAUCACUGCUAGCUAGAAGGUGACAACAACGCAAGCAGAGAUAAAAUGUAAUCAGGGAGUCAGUCAGACUGGUGGGAGAACUGGGAAAGGGGGAGGGAUAGAGAGAGAGGGAAAGCAAGGGUUACUUGAAGUUAGAGAAUGCAAUGUUCAUACUGCUGAGGUGUAGGCUGCCUUUUGUUCCAUAUCUCUUUCAAUGUCUUGUUUUCACACCUUGCCCUCCCUUAUCUCUAUGUCUCCCUCUCAGUCUGAAGAAGGAUCUCAACCUGAGACAAGAUUCCUUUUCUCCAGACCCACUGAGUUACUCCAGCUUUUUGUGUCUGUCCUCUAGCCCUUGUACCUGCUCUGCCAUUUGGUUAGAUCGCAGUGGACAAUCCAGCUCCCUCUCUCUCCAUGUCCUGUUCAACAACAUUAAAAAUCCAGCUCUCUCAAUCCUGAAUAUCCACAUUUCCAUUGCUCCUUGCAUGGAAGCAGUGCUUCCUGUAAACGCCAGUAAAUGAAAAUUAAAGAACUGCAAAUGCAGGAAAUCUGAAAUAAAUUAAAAAAUCUUGGAAAAACCCAGCAGGUCAGGCAGCAUCUGUGGAGAGAGAAGCAUAGAUAAUAUUUCAGGUUGAAGAUGCUCACCAAAUUGGGACAGACAGAAAAGCAAAACGUCAGAUGGACAUCAUUCAUAAAUAAGGACAGGAUUUGCAUCUUAAAAAUACGAAUAAUUUGACCUUGUAAAUGUGCUCUUGUUGGUAUUAAAAAUCGGAAAACCUGCCAUACAGCAAUUAUAUCCUCCCACCACUAGUGAUCCUCCCUUAAAACACUCCCCUUUCCCUCAAAGCCAAACACAAACAAAAGCAAACACAGAAAGCUCUGGAAAUACUCAGCGCGUCGGGCAGCAUCUGUGGAGAGAAGAUCAGGACAGGUGCGAGGUGCAUCAGAGGGAGGAGAAGGAAGAGCAGAAGGGAAGAAUGGAAGACAGGGUGGAUAAGUAACAACGGAUAGUAAUUCAGUGGUGGUAGUGGAGCAGGGAAUAAAAUAAAGGCUGAGUGACAUUGCUGGAGCAGGAACAUUAUCAUCAACGGCUACUGUCUGUGGAACGUGGAGACACAGAGUUAGAGGAGACAAUCUCGUGCGGUUCCAGGCGGCAGGAAUGUGAGCAAGCAAGUGUAUGUUCCGUACCCUGAGUUCCCAUUAAGCUUCUUGGGAAUAACAAGGGAGGUGGAUGAUAGAGAGCAAGGAACUGCAGAUGCUGGAAUCCUGAGCAAAACAAAAAGUGCUGGAGGAACUCGGGGUCAGUCAGCAUCUGUGAUGAGGGAAUGGACAGGAGACAUUUCAGCCUAAUGAUAGGUGAGAGGAGCACUUUAAAGCAGCCCUACAUGGAAUGGAGAGUGGAGAGAGGUAUUGGACAGGGCAGACAGCAUCUCUGGAGAGAAGGAAUGGGUGGCGUUUCGGGUCGAGACACUUCCGUUACAAGUGUUCGGUGACGUGACCUACACACCACCAUUAACUCUGGCGUUUCCGUUGCCGUUUCACCUGAUCCUCUUCCUGAGAAGGUUCGUUGCUGCUGAUGUGACGUUCACUUAAUAUCUUUAGUCGGUCCUUGUGACUAAAGUGAAAUUCUAAAGAAAGAUGCUGGAAAAAUCGAAGGGAGACAAAAAUACUGGAGGAACUCAGCGGGUGAGGCAGCAUCUAUGGAGAGAAGAAAUAGUAUGAAGAAGGGUCUCGACCCGAAACGUCACCUAUACCUUCUCUCCAUAGAUGCUGCCUCACCCGCUGAGUUACUCCAGCAUUUUUGUCUACCUAAAGCAAAAUUCUUGGUCAUUAAUUGAUUGAAAGAUUUAGCAUUGCAACAGGCCUUCGACCCACCAAGUCCUUGCCGACCAUCGAUCACUGGUUCACUCCCGUUCUAUCUUAUCCCACUUUCUCAUCCACUUUCUCCACACUUGGGGGAAUUUACAGAGGCUAAUUACCCGCACGUCUUGGGGAUGUGGGAAGAGAAACGCACAGUCACGGGGAGAACGUGCAAACUCCACAGAGACAUCACCCGGGGUCAGGAUCGAACCUGGUUCUCUGCCGCUGUGAGGCAUCGACUCCACCACUGUAAUUACUAUUGCAAGACUCCACCGCCCAUUGUUCCACAUGCGCUCCCUGCGAACAUCACCACUGCCGUGGGAUAGACACAAAACGCUGGAGUAACUCAGCGGGUCAAGCAGCAUCUCUGAAUAGGUCGUCUUCAGGUCUAGGCCCACACACAAGAUUAGAUGUUGUCCAGCCAGAGUUGAACACACUUCUCGGCAUCUGCAAACAAUAGCGUCUGUCUCUUGUGCGUGGUGGAGGUUAUAUUGGUGGAAAUGGGGCUGAACAGGUGAUGUUGCCGAAAGAAUCUGGGUCCAGCAUCUGCAGUUCCUCCCUACACACGAAAUCCUGUCUCCUUGCUUGGUCUGGGUGAGGGAGAGGGGCAGUGUGGGUGCAGCCUGCUUCAGUAGCUGGUUUCUUGAUGCUUUGCUCAAUGUUUCCCUUUGCUCUCUCUCUCUCUGGUUGUGCAGUAAUUACAUCGCUCUUCACACAACUGCUAUGGCAGAUUAAUUUAUUGUACAAAAAACCUCAAUUAAAGUCAAGUAAGAAACCUGAA